UCGCAUAUUACUGACUUCAUAGAAUUCAUAUAUAUCGUUUAUUGCAUAUUGUAUAUUAUUGUAGCACGAUGCGUUUGUGAAGUUUUGUAAACUAUUACAAGUAGUAUAGCAUAGUAUAAAGUCGUAAAUCGUGUAAGGUGCAAUGUAUAGCCUGUUGAACGAAACGACGCAGUAAACGUAAACUCGAGUUUCACUAGUCGACAACCAAUAGUUGCAACCACACAAUCAAAUUUAUUUACGUUUACUGCCUUGUCUGGUUGAACAGACUAUGUACACUUUCAGUUUUAUUUCAUUGCGAAUCUAGUCUAUAUGUAUAUAUAACUUAUGAUUGUACGUUCGCGCGUAAAUCGUAUGACUUUAGUUAUAAUUUACUCUUGUCACAUACCGAUACUUAUGAACGCAAAAUUUUCAAAAUUUAGCAUUCUGUAAAAAUAAUCAAUUAAACAUCGAUAUGUGGUCAUCAGAUUUGGAUAGCAGUAUAAAUCCUCGAGGUGGAUUUUUGGAAAGUUUCAACAAAACAGACGGAACAAAAGAGCGUAAAAAACAAACUAUUGUUCCUGCUAUGAUAGGAAAUUUACUUUCUUUUUCUUCCACUGACGAACCAAAAUUAUGGGAGAUCCCGGUUCGUAUGUUUAUGGUUGUUGGAUUAAUACGUAAUGUUGAAGAGACAACAACAAAAAUAUCAUAUGAUAUUGAAGAUGAAACAGGUACUAUCACUGCGCUCAAAUGGUUAGAAAUGGAUAAAAAGUCAUCAGAUACAACAAUGCAAAUAAAUACAUAUGUUCGCGUAGUUGGUUUUCUUAGAGAACAAACUGAUAAGCGACAUAUUUUAAUUUUACGCAUGUGGCCACUACAAACCUUGAAUGAAUUAACAAAUCAUAUUCUUGAAGUUACUUAUGUUACACUGAAAGCUAGAAUGAUGGCAAAAGAUGUUACAACAUUAGAGAAAGAGCAAAACAAUAAAAAUGAUCUAAAUGGAGAAGCUGCUUAUUAUGGAAUGUCAGAAGCACAAACUUUAGUUUAUAAAAUUAUUCAUGCACAAAAUGAUACUGAAUCUGGUAUUGAAAGAGAUAAAAUUAAAGAAAAAGUACCAAACUCACUUUCGGGGUUUGACAACCUCAAAUAGUAGAAUGUGAUCACUUCCAACGGUUGUAACGCAUAAGUGUAUUUUAUUUAAUUCGUAUGAUAUUAAUUUAAAAACAGAAGAGCAAAAUGAGAUACGCGCAAC